UUUAACUGUGCAAACUUAAACUAAGCAACAGAACGUCUGUUAAAGAAGCAGCUAUAAAGAAGUAGUAUGUCCCAAAGGGCAAAGUAUAAGUAGGCGAUUUGGGACGCAGCAACUGUGAAUGUGCUCAAGAAGCAUACUGUUGCCAUGGUUUCCUCGCUUAUGCUGUUAAUGUUUUCCAGGAUCUCUUUACCGCCAGGAACAUUCGCGCCCAAACUUGUAAUCUAAUUUUUGUGAUCAUUGAAAUGUUUUGGAACCCCACUUGAAACGCAGAUACAGUCAGACCUACUUAUGCAUAUAAAAACGUAUUUAUCAUCUCCUACACUCCCAAGGUUUUAAACUCCCACAGUUCCCACCACCUGAUGUCAAAAUUCUCCAACCAAUCUUUACUCUGCAAGGGCGGGUAAUACCAAAACACGUGUAUCUAUGUAUAUAUUAGUGGAAGCGCACGGGUGUUGGGCAAACCGUUGAGAAAACAUCUUCAACGCAGCUGAACGCUGGCUGAGCGCAGCUGGAACGCGCUAUUGGAUGCUUAACCAUGGGUGACCCUUUUAACAGCAGCAGCAGGGUGUUUAACCGAACCCCUCAGGCUCAUGUCACGUUUGGAAAUCUGGAGGACAUAGACGUGACCGCGGACAGAAGCCCGGUCCUAAGGAUCAUGAUCUCAGUGGUGUACGUUCUCGUGUGCGCAAUAGGCUUAGUUGGGAAUUCGCUCGUCCUUUUCAUCAUGAGAGUGAAACACUGCAGACAGAGUACCACCAUUAAUGUGUUCAUCAUUAAUUUAGCUGUCACAGACCUCCAGUUCGUCCUGACGUUGCCGUUUUGGGCGGUGGAUACCGCUCUGGAUUUCAGCUGGCCGUUUGGAGACGCCAUGUGCAAGAUCAUACUGUCGGUUACUGUGAUGAAUAUGUACGCCAGCGUCUUCUUCCUCACUGCUAUGAGCAUCACUCGAUACUGCUCCGUGGCUUCAGCCACCAAGAACAGGGUCCGUCCCCCAGCGUCCUGCUCUGUCAAAUGGGUUUGCGCAUUUUUGUGGGUUUUUGCUACCGUCGCCACCGCGCCAACGGCUUUUUUCUCCACUGUGACCAACGUGGCUGGAGAGAAGCUCUGCUUACUGAAGUUUCCUGCCGGACAUUAUUGGCUUGCCUUUUAUCAUUUGCAAAAAAUCCUGGUUGCUUUUGUUUUGCCCAUGCUGAUCCUUUCCGUGUCCUAUUUGCUGCUUCUGAGAUUUGUGAGAAAGCGAAAUCUGAAUAACAUUCAUUCAAAGCGCAGGAUUCAUGUGACGAAGUCUAUCACAGUUGUGGUUCUUUCUUUCUUUCUUUGCUGGAUGCCGAACCACGCAAUUACAUUUUGGGGUGUUUUGGUAAAGUUGAACGUGAUUCACUGGGAUGAGGCGUAUUAUAUUGUCCAUACUUAUGUAUUUCCCGUGACUGUUUGCUUAGCUCAUACUAAUAGUUGCUUAAAUCCGUUUAUAUAUUGUCUUACGAGAAGGCCUUUGAGAAAGAAACUGAAAAAUUGUUUAUCAAAUAUUGCCCCUUGGUUAUUAAAGAGGUCUUUACAGAAAACUGGAAGGAAUGCAUGAACCAAUGCAACGAUAUUAAAAUGAGAAAAUAAUAAUUUAUGUGCAAAAUAUGUAUAUAUUAUAUAUGUAUACAGAAUGUUUAUUCUUUUUCUCUUUUUUAAAUUGUAUUAUAAAACGAUGUAUUAUUAUUAAUAUUAUUAUCAUUACUAGCUACUACCAAUAAUACAUUAGCCUACAUUUAGUUGCAUCAAUAAUUAUUAUUUACAGAGACUGACUGUAUUGACUAAUAUUAAAGAACAAAUGAAUGAUUAAGCUGAAUAUUAUGAGUCUUAUAUGGGUCAUUAUGGGUCUUUCUGUAAUUUGUAAAAGUGAAACAAAUGUAUGCAUGUUUGAAAGUGACUAUUAAAACAACAACAUGCUGUCUUCUUAAGAAUAUUGGAAAACAGAAUCAUAUCCCCAAUAAGGUUGACAUAUUAUGAAUAAAUCAUUACAGAUGUAGUCCACUUCUGACCAUAUAGUUUCACAUGCUUCAUACAGCAGGUAAAAUAAGUAUGGAACACGUCAACAUUUUUCUCAGUAAAUAUAUUUCUUCAUGAAAUUUUCAACAGAUGUCGGUAACAACCCAAGUAAUCCAUACAUACAAAGAAAACCAAACAAGUUUAGAAAUUAAGUUAUGUAUAAUAAAACGGAAUGACACAGGGAAAAAGUAUUGAACACAUGA